AUGAUUAUAGCCAAUAAUUUGAAAAGAACUUUUCCGAAGAAGAAAAACAAAGGCAAGCAGAAAAGAGUUGUACGCAACGUUCAAGCUCAACAAAGCCAAUCGAGUAAACCCGAUCAGUGGCAAUUCUUGGUAUACGAUAAAGGUGAUCAACUUACCGAUAUUGUGAGAGAAUCAGAAAAGCAAAAAGCAAAAAUUGCGCCAAAAACUCCCAACAAUCGUAAAAACAUGCCGCAAUACCCCAAUCUGGUGAAUAACACCACUGCCGGAUGGGGCACGUUCUACGGACAAACGGGUGGGCAGAACUUCCGAGGAAGAUAUGGAGGUGGUCGGGGAAUGCGUGGUGGAAGAGGCGGAUUCGGUGGAUUCAGGAGAGGACCGCCGAGACCAAAAAACUCAAAAGAAGACAUUCCAUUCAAACCUUUGGCUGACGAUGCCCCAACUCUCGAGUUCGUAUGCUCGCCGGAAAAUAUCACCGCCUUCCACGGAUUCGAUAGUGUUUUCACCCCUCAACACAAUUUUCCGUUGUGCAUUGAUGGUGAUAUUUACACAAGUUGCGACCAUUAUUAUCAAAUUCAGAAGGUUAAAGAUUUGAUAGGAAGCAUCCCUGAGAAAUUAGAACAUACGAUUCGAAACCAGGAUGGAAAAUACAAAACACCGACUGGCGAAGCCCCAGUAGAGAAGAAAAGUGCGAGUGCAUUGGCGAAAGAAAUUCUAAAAGAAGCUAAGAUCGAAAAAGCAAAGUUGGAGGAAUGGCGCAACACGAAGGGUCUCCAAGUCAUUCAGAACACUCUUCUCACGAAAGUUUCACAGUCGGCUCAUUUGCGCGGAGCGUUGAAAGAAUCCGGGGAUAGUAUUUUGGUGCAUGCCUAUGCUGGCGAUAGUAUUUAUGGAACGGGUUGCACAGUAGUUAGAAUAAAGAAAUGGCUCGAGGAACUCAAAAAAGCUGGCGUUAAGACGUUGAAAAUUCCCGCCGAGUUUCCGCUGGAUGAGAACAGUGUUCAAAAUUGUCCCACAUUUGCCGAUGGUCGCAAUAUUUUGGGAGUGAUUUUGAUGCAACUUAGGGAAAAAUUGCGCAAAAAUGCGAUUCAUAUAAUGGAUAUGAAUUCGGUGUUUGACGCGCUUCGUGUCAACAAUUCUCCGGAUACUGCAAUGGAUACAACGGCGUGCAAUUCAUUCAUCAUUAAUAGCGCUGGGUCCGAAAUCAAGCAGGGUGUCUUCUAA